CAAAUUGCAAGAUAAAUUCAAGCGAGCCAAAGCGUUAGCAACCAAAUUCGUUUCUCGAUAGACAUAUAAGAUCAAACGCCCUAUAGAAUCAAGUGCAAGUCGGUUGAUCCAACUUCCAAUUACCCAAAACGACCCGUUUCAAACAGGUGAAAAGUAUAAAUACCCCAAGAAAACCAGAAAUCUUACCAAACUGAACGACGGCUGCGUUCACUCUGUUCAGUGAGAUCAACAUCAUCCCAAUGUCGUCGUGCCUGUCGUCGUCGUCGUCGUCUGGAUCUUGGAACAGCACCAAGGCAUGGAUCGUUCACGGAAUCGUCGCCGGAGUUGCGGUUGCGGCGGCAAUUGGGGCCCGGGCCUACCUGGGUCCGACUAGGAAGUUCCGGAGCCGGGUAGUCGGCAUUAUACCCGCUCGCUACGCUUCUUCUCGUUUCCAGGGCAAGCCCCUCGUUCAGAUCCUCGGAAAACCCAUGAUUCAGAGAACAUGGGAAAGGGCAAAACUAGCAAGUACAUUGGAUCAUGUUGUUGUGGCAACAGAUGACGAGAAGAUUCGAGAAUGUUGUCGCAGUUUUGGAGCUGAUGUCAUAAUGACCUCGGAAUCCUGCCAGAACGGUACCGAGCGUUGUUCUGAAGCAAUUGAGAAGCUCGAGAUGAAGUAUGAUAUAGUUGUCAACAUUCAGGGGGAUGAGCCUCUUAUUGAACCUGAGAUAAUAGAUGGAAUUGUUAAAGCUUUGCAGGCAGCUCCAGAUGCAGUGUUUAGCACUGCCGUCACGUCAUUAAAACUUGAAGAUGCAAUGGAUCCAAAUCGAGUGAAAUGUGUGGUGAAUAAUAGUGGUUAUGCCAUCUACUUUUCAAGGGGGUUGAUUCCAUUUAACAAGUCAGGAAAGGCCAAUCCACAGUUUCCCUAUUUGCUUCAUCUUGGAAUUCAGAGCUAUGAUACAAAGUUUCUAAAGAUAUAUCCAGAACUUCAACCUACUCCUUUGCAACUAGAAGAGGAUCUGGAGCAGCUUAAGGUCCUUGAAAAUGGGUAUAAGAUGAAGGUGAUUAAGGUCGACCAUGAGGCUCACGGUGUUGACACCCCAGAAGAUGUUGAAAAGAUUGAAUCUCUGAUGCGCGAAAGGAACCUGUCUUAGGAGUUGUAGUUUGCAGCAGUAUAUCAGACCAUGGAAAAAAGAGUAUGUCUUCCGUAGACUCGUAAUUAUUGUGAUAAUACAAGACGGUUGAGGUCUAGUCAAACAAACAGAAGAAAUUGACCAAAAUAACAAUUAAAUAAUAAUUAAAAUAUUAAUAUAAAAUAUCUUUCUUAUAUGUACAAAAAAGCCAGAAGGAUAGAGAUAUGAAUUUUGGGAAGAUGAACAUGACACACAGGAGGGGGAGAGAGAGGACCACUGGGAUGGAUUUGUGAGGUUUAAAUUUCGUGUUUGCGUGUAGUUUUGGAAUUUGCAGACUGAAAUUGUCACUCAUGAAUCUUUAUGUACAAAAUGUAAUGGAAAAGACCUUGAUUUGGCUUCUCAA